GGGGGCUCAAAUUUCAGCCCCUGACGUACUCCCUCCAGGGAGGAAACGGAGCUGCAAACUCAAUUCUGCUCCGCUGCCAGGGUAUAGGGCAGUGGGAGAACCAAUCAACGAAUCGCGCAGCGCUCUCUUUAAGCCUGACAUAUCUCCAACAGGAACAAAUUGUCCCAACAAUCAACAUCCGAAUCUCCCGUGCGCAUCAGGGGUUGAGUGGAUAUUACCCGGGCGGAUUGCACUGGGUUCUGGAACACAAUAACAAACCAGUGAAGAAUAUAUAGACAGAAAAACAAUAGACUCUCGGCAUCCUUCUGGAUAUCACCGUUGGGCUGGGGACCCGACAUCAUGUCAAUACUACCUUCGUUUGGGUUUACCCAGGAGCAAGUCGCCUGCGUCUGCGAGGUCCUGCAACAAGGAGGGAACCUAGAGAGGCUCGGUCGUUUUCUCUGGUCUCUCCCAGCGUGUGACCACCUCCACAAGAAUGAAAGUGUACUGAAAGCAAAGGCAGUGGUCGCCUUCCACCGAGGGAACUUCAGAGAGCUCUAUAAGAUCCUGGAGAGCCACCAGUUUUCCCCGCACAACCAUCCCAAGCUGCAGCAGCUGUGGCUGAAAGCGCACUACGUGGAGGCGGAAAAAUUGCGCGGCCGACCGCUUGGAGCCGUGGGGAAGUAUAGGGUCCGCAGGAAAUUCCCUCUGCCCCGCACGAUCUGGGACGGCGAGGAGACCAGCUAUUGCUUUAAGGAGAAGUCAAGGGGUGUUCUGAGAGAGUGGUACACGCAUAACCCCUAUCCCUCCCCGCGAGAGAAAAGGGAGCUGGCCGAGGCCACGGGACUGACCACUACGCAGGUCAGCAAUUGGUUCAAAAACAGACGCCAGAGAGACAGAGCCGCAGAAGCUAAAGAAAGGUAUGUUUUGGCCAAAAAGUAAAAUGUUGCCAUAUAUACCUAUUAGUCCAUAGUAGAAUAGAAUACACUAAACAUCAUCACAUGCGUAAUCUCCCAGUUGGAAUUUCGUUUAAUAAAUCCCCAACUAAUUUAUUUUAAGUGACCUGCCCUUAUGCUGAUUUUUAGAUGGCCCAAAAUAAUAUUAGUGUAGAUUUAUACUGAAUGUUUUGUCGAUUGUAAGUUACAAUUUAUCCACAGUAAAUUACAUUUCCAACAUUUAGUGUGAUACCCAUAAACAAAGCCUGUGGCCUGCAAACAUUUGAAAUGGAACCAAUGACAGCCUAUUGACUAUCCUUAUUUUUUCGAUAGUGUUCUAAACAUUUCUGGCAUCUGAAGAAGUUAUAGCUAUUUAGACAAUGUUACAUCUACAAUUGGAGCUACAGGUCACGGGUUUCAGUCGUCAAGAUAUAGAAUCAGUAUGAUAAGAUAUAUUAUUCUAAUGCAAUAAUUAAUAGUAUGUGACUAAAAGUUUCCAUUUUGCAAUUGAAAUGUCAAAAUAAUAAAAACUGAUUUAAUAUUUUCUAAAUUGCAUUCUCUUAAAGUUUAAACCAAUAUUGUAUUGGCUUGUUCUUGUCUUAUUAUUUAAAUGUAUGGCUUGUUUUUGACCUAUAAGCCUAUAGAUUCUGUAAACCUGUGUCCAUAAGGUCUUCGUCACUAAUUUUGACAUAUCUUCCCUUCUCAGAGAGAACAGCGAAAACAAUAACUCCGGCAACAACAAACAGAACCAGCUGUCUCCCCUCGACGGCGGCAAGUCGCUCAUGUCCAGCUCGGAAGAUGAGUUCUCUCCACCACAAAGCCCUGAUCAGAACUCUUUGCUUUUGCUCCAGGGAAAUAUGAGUCACCCCGGCGUCUCCUCUUACCCUAUGACGGGCCUCGGUGGCGCACAGGCGCUGCACGGAAUGCACGGACACCCGCACCAACUCCAAGACUCGUUGCUGGGACCUCUAACAUCGAGCCUUGUGGAUCUAGGUUCCUAAAGGCAAACUGAUACUAUCUUUGAAAAGACUGAUAACUCUACCAGAUUGAGUAGGCCUACAUAUAUGAAAUUACACUAUGGUAACUUAUAACUAGACUGACUUUUGUCUGUCGUUACAUUUGGUUAGAACUAUAACGCAGUUCCUUUAUGCGCUUAUCCGAUUUAGGAGGUACCCUCCUGGCCGUUAAAAUACAAUCAAGCCCCCUUUUACGAACUUAUGUCAACGAGACACUUAAACUGGACUGCCCUUUUGCUUAAUUUAUGAUAUUUUUGUUCAGAUUAAAUGUAUAGCAACUUCCUGCUAUGGAAACUAAGAAACAACGUUUUCAUUAGAAUCAUAAUAAUGAGUUUCCAAUAAAACAAAAAAGACGUCACAUUUGUUUCAUGUGUGUUAUUUGUAUAUCCACUCAAUAAAAUAAAUAGCUUUAUAUAUUCAUAGACUAUAUUCAUUCAUCCCUUAAAUUUAUUUAGGGCAUGCAAAA